AUGUCGUUCUUAAGAGGUUCAGCGAACUAUGUUUGGUGUACGACAAGUGUUCUUGGCAAAGGUGCGACUGGAGCAGUUUUCCAAGGAGUCAAUAAAAAUAAUGGUGAACCUGUCGCUGUUAAAACAUUUAAUCAGUUGAGUCACAUGAGACCACACGAUGUUCAAGUUAGAGAAUUCGAAGUGUUAAAAAAGGUAAAACAUGAAAAUAUUGUAAAGUUGUUGGCAAUUGAAGAGGAGCAGGAAGGAAGGGGGAAAGUAAUUGUUAUGGAGUUGUGCACCGGAGGAAGUUUAUUUAAUAUAUUAGAUGACCCAGAAAAUACAUAUGGGCUUCAAGAGUCAGAAUUUUUAUUGGUGUUAGAACAUUUGUCAGCAGGCAUGAAACAUUUACGUGAUAACAGUCUUGUUCACAGAGAUCUUAAGCCUGGAAAUAUCAUGAAGUUCAUCAAGGAUGACGGUACAACAGUUUACAAACUUACUGACUUUGGUGCUGCAAGAGAGCUGGAAGAAGAUCAGCAGUUUAUGUCGCUUUAUGGAACGGAAGAGUAUCUUCAUCCUGAUAUGUAUGAACGUGCUGUACUUCGAAAACCUGUAGGUAAAACUUUUGGAGCAACAGUAGACUUAUGGUCAAUUGGGGUAACUUUAUAUCAUGUAGCAACAGGUAACUUGCCAUUUCGCCCUUUUGGUGGUAGACGAAAUAAGGAGACAAUGUAUUAUAUCACCACUAAAAAAGCUUCUGGUGUGAUUUCGGGGACACAAACAUCAGAAAAUGGACCUAUAGAAUGGGGAAAAGAUCUUCCCAGUAACUGUCAGUUAAGUGCUGGGUUAAAGAAACUGGUUACUCCACUUCUUGCUGGUUUGCUUGAGGUUGAUUCACAAAGAAUUUGGAAUUUUGAAAAAUUCUUUUCGGAAGUUACAGGUAUUCUAUCUAGGAAAGUUGUUCAUAUAUUCCAUGUGAAUAGAGCGCAAUGCCUCAAAAUAUAUUUACAUCCUGAUGCAACUUAUGAAGAAUUCCAAUGUCUUGUGUUAGAACAAACUGAUGUAUCGCCCAAUAACCAAAUAUUACUUCAUCAAGACAACAUUCUGCUGACAGUAAUAGAAGAAUCAACACCUGGUCGAGGUUAUCCUGAAACAGAUGAAGAUGAGCCUCUUAUGUUAUUCAGCAAGGAAAACAAUAAUGUUACUCUUGUGUCAGAAGCUGACAUGCCAAAAUUUCCUACAUUUCCUAAUCUUAUAUCAGUGGAAAAUGAUGCCAGUUUGGCUAAAUCUGCAUGUAGUGUUGGUCAUGUAUGCAAAAGGCGCAUUGAAAAGUUCUCCCGCUGUAGCAGAUUGAUUCAUUUAUGUGUAAACCAAUUCACAUCGUUAGUAUGCAAAGAUCUUGAGAAAGUAGCUGCUAAAAGUGAUAAGCUCUGUGAAAUUACUCGAUGUGUGGAGAAAUUGACUGAUGCAGUGAUGCGCAGUGGUGAUUCUGUAUUGAAGUUGGCCAAACAUUUGAGUUGCAGUGUUACAAAUCUACAUUCAGUAGAUUGGAGAUCAGAACUGACGAAUUUAAGAAAAAAUGAAAUGGAUCCAGCAAUUCAGCAACUCCAUCAGCGUUAUGUGACAGAACGCACAUUACAGAGAGAGUGGACGUCAGCCACUCGUAGCAUGCCCUGCCCUGCAAAAUCCCGAGCUCCUGCUCGUGCACGUACCUUGUUGGACCGUUUGCGGGAUUCUUGGCAGCACCUUGUUAGAGACAGAGCUACUAGAAGCCUGACUUACAAUGAUGAACAAUUUCAUGUAUUAGAAAAAAUUAAAGUUGGUGAGACUGGCCGUCGAGUAAGAGCUUUGUUGGAAACAGAAUGUCAACCAGCUGUUGCACAGUUAGCUGACAGCCUGGCAGAUUGGUACAAAAUGGCACAAACUGUUUACUUGCAAGCUCAAAUAUUAGACAAAGACACAGAGGACUAUGAGAAUCGCCUUGACAUGUUUGUGAGCCGCGUUGCAAAUGGUGAUAGUGUCUUCCAUUCCAGUGUUCGAGAUACGCUUGAAAAGUUGGAAAAAGAUAGAAAAAUUCCCAGAACACUUGGUAAACAGGUAUCAAGAAUACGAAAUGAUGCUAAAAUUAUUAGAAAUAGUCUCAAAGAUAUUGUUGUGAUCCAGGAAGAAAUGGCUUCUGAAAUGAAAGAAAAUACUGAUCUAAUAAACAAGUUGGAGCAGUUCACAUUAUCUGUGGGAUCAAUUGGCUCAGGUGCUGGAGAUUAA